AUGUUAACAUUGUCGGCAUCUUGGGAACGGGAACGAUAUUUUGCAAAAAUGGACCAAGUCUUGCAGCAUGUGGCCCAGACAAUGGAGAAGAAACUCGACAAUGAGUUAGAAAGAUUGGAUGCGCUCGACAGUAAUGACUUAGAAGCCAUCAGACAACAGCGCAUCGCCGAGAUGAAGAAGAGGGCCAAGCAGAAGCAAGACUGGCUCGCUAUUGGCCACGGCGAGUACACAGAGAUAGAUGGAGAGAAGGAGUUCUUCACGGUGUGCAACAAGUCGGAGAACGUGGUGUGCCACUUCUACAAGAACGACACGCCGCGCUGCAAGAUCGUGGACAUGCACCUCAAGAUCCUCGCCAAGAAACACGUGGAGACCAGGUUCAUCAAGUUGGACGUGGAGAGGGCACCGUUCCUUACCGGUCGUCUCAAGAUCCGCGUGAUUCCGACCAUUGGGCUGGUGAGGGAGAACAAAACUAAAGAUUUCAUAGUUGGCUUCACAGAUCUCGGUAACAGAGACGAUUUCUCGACAGAGAUACUGGAGUGGAGAAUCGCCAGGUCAGAGAUAAUAGAGUACAGCGGUGACCUCCUCGUCCCUCCAGCGGAAUCCCGCAAGCAACGGUCACUCCAAAUACAGAGCAAGAAAACCAUCCGCGGGAGGCAAGACUCGGAUGACUCAGACCUGGAUCUGAGCGACUAG